AUGGAAACUUUGUGCGGAAUUUUGCGCGUCACAAUUGGCACCCUGUAUUUUUCCCUAUGGAAUUCGAUCAAAAAUCUGCUGCCCAACGGGAUUUUGCCACGAAAAUCGGUGCACGGCCAGCGAGUUUUGAUAACUGGCGCCGGAAGUGGAAUCGGACGAAAAAUGGCGGUGGAGUUUGCGAAACUUGGAGCUGAGGUGGUUUUGUGGGAUGUGAAUGAGGCUGGAAAUUUGGAGACGCUGAAAACGGUGGAAGAUGUGGGAGGAAAGGUGGGUGGGCCUAAAAAAGCCUGAAAAAGGGGCUUCUUUUUGAGCCUAAAUAAGCCUAGGUUUAGGCCUGAGAAUAAGGCCCUUUUUGGGCUUAGAAAGCCUGAGAAGGACCUCUUUUUGAGCUCAGAUAAGCCUAGGUUUUAGACAGGGCUGGUCGGAAUUGAGCUUUCGGAAUUUCGGAAGACCCAUUUUCACUUCCGAUUUUAUUCUCGGAAUUUCGGCAUUCCGACUUUUUAUUCCGAAUAAUUUUUCGAUAGUUCGGAAUUCCGAUUUUUUCUUCCGACUUUUUUUUCGGAAUUUCGGAAGAAAUUCGGAAGUUCUAAUACGCAAGAAAAAAGUGAAAAACGACAUUUUUCGAUGAGUUAUCAGAACAAUAAUAGUAAAAAUAGUUGCGAAAAAGUAAAUCUUGUUCUUAGGUCAUCAAAGACAACAAAAUUUUGACUAUUAUCGAUUAUUAAGAAAUUUUUCACCGUCAUUUCAGUCUUAAAAUAAAGUUUUCUUUAUAAAAACAUAGAUUCCGAAAUUCCGAGAUUUUUCGAAAGUGAUUUCGACAAAAAAGUCGGAAUGAAAAAAAGUCGGAACGAGAGUCGGAAUUUGAGCGAUUCCGAGUUUUUCUUUCGGAAGUGCUUCCGACCAAACUACACUUCCGAAAAAACGUCGAUUUUCGGAAUUUCGGAAUUCCGAUAUUCCGAUUCCGACCAGCCCUGGUUUUAGACCUGAAAACUAGGCCUGAAAAGAGGGUUUUUUGAGCCCAAACAAGCCUAAACUUUAGGUCUGAAUAUAAGGUGUUUUUGAGGCCUGAAAAGGCCUAGUUUUUAGGCCUAAAUAAGCCUAGGUUUUAGGCCUACGUAUAAGGCUUUUUAGAGCCUAAAUAUGCCUAGGUUUCAGGCCUAAAAUCAGAAUUUUUCCAGGCCUAAAACUCUCUGGAAAAAGGCCCCAAGUUAGCUCAAAAGACCCUGGUUUUUAGGCCUGAAAACUAGGCCUUUUUUGAGCCUAAAUAAGCCUAGCUCUAGGCCUGAAAAUCCCGAAUUUUUUCAGGCCUACGCCUACACCGUAGAUCUCUCAAGCUUCCAAAAAAUCAACGAAACUUCGAAAAAAGUUCGCGAAGAAGUUGGAGACAUUGAUAUUUUGAUCAAUAAUGCUGGAAUUGUUACAGGUAACAUUUUUGAGCUGAAAUUAUUUUCAGAUUUGUUUGCAGGCAAAAAAAUCUUCGAUUGUCCCGAUGAGUUGAUGGAAAAAACGAUGGCUGUGAAUUGUAAUGCGAAUUUUUAUGUGAGUGGGGGCCUGGAAAGCCUAAUAGACUUUUGGACCUGAAAAUUCAGAUUUUUGGAUAAUUUUGAGCCAAAAAUCAUGAUUUUCGGACAUUUUUGAGCCAAAAAUCAUGAUUUUUGGUCAAUUUUAACCCCAAAAAUCCAAAUUUUCAAAAAAAAAAUCACUGCAUGCACCAGGAAUCGAUCCCCUGACCUUGUGAGCCGAAAUUUUCCGAAAAUCAUGAUUUUUCGAUGAUUUUGAGCCAAAAUUUCAAAAAAAAAAUUCCCGCAGGCACCAGGAAUCGAUCCCCUGACCUUCUGAGCCGGAAUUUUAGGAAAAUCAUGAUUUUUGGACAAUUUUGACCCCAAAAAUUCGAAAUUUCAAAAAAAAACCGAAAAAAAUUCCCGCAGGCACCAGGAAUCGAUCCCCCGACCUUCUGAGCCGAAAUUUUCCAAAAAUCAUGAUUUUCGUACAAUUUUGGCACGAAAAAUUCAAAUUUUCAAAAAAACCCGAAAAAAAUUGUCCGCGGGCACCAGGAAUCGAUCCCCUGACCUUCCGAGCCAAAAUUUUCAAAAAAUCAUGAUCUUUGAAUGAUUUUGAGCUGAAAAUUCAAAAUUUUCAACAAAAAAAUGGAAAAAAAAAUUCCCGCAGGCACCAGAAAUCGAUCCCCUGACCCUUUGAGCCGAAAUUUUCCGAAAAUCAUGAUUUUUGGAUGAUUUUGACCCCAAAAAUUCAAUUUUUGGAAAAAAAAGUUGGAAAAAAAAAGCCCAGAAACUUGUCCACGGCCCCUGAAGCCUAGAAAAAACGCAUUUUCAGACGGCCAAAAAUUUUCUGCCAGCAAUGUUGGACAAAAAUCACGGACACGUGGUGACGAUCGCUUCGAUGGCUGGAAAAACUGGUUGUGUUGGAUUGGUAGGCCCAUUUUUUGGCCCGAAACGUGGAUUUUGGCCCGAAAAUUUUUGAGCCACGUGGCACAUUUUGGCGCCAAAAAUUGCCACGUUUUCGCGCCAAAAUCCAAAAAAAAAUCAAAUUUCAGGUCGAUUAUUGUGCCUCAAAACACGGUGCAAUCGGAUUCCACGACUCGUUGACCAUGGAAAUUUUAUCGCAGAAAAAGUUCAAUGUGAAGACCACUGUGGUUUGCCCGUUUUUCAUCAAUACAGGGAUGUUUGAUGGAGUUCAGACGAAGUUAGUGGAACUCGGGUAGAGAUUUGGAGCAUUUUGAGCUAAAAAUCAGGAUUUUUGGAGCAUUUUGAGCCAAAAAUCAGGAUUUUUGGACAAUUUUGAGCCAAAAAUCAGGAUUUUUGGGCAUUUUUGACCCCAAAAAAUUGAAAAAAAAAUUUCCGCGGGCACCUGGACUCGAUCCCCUGACCUUCUGACCCAAUUUUUUUCCAGAAGCCCUCUUCUUUUCCCGAUUCUGGAGCCCGACUAUGUUGUGGAAUGUAUUCUGGAGGCGAUUUUGACGAAUCGACCAAUGUUGUGUAUGCCUAGAGCAUGUUAUACGAUUUUGGCGCUGAUUGGGUGAGUUUUUUUGAAAAUUUGAAUUUCCCGCCUGAUUUUCCAAGGCGCGAAAUUCAAAAAUUCAAAUUUCCCGCUCAAUUUUUCAAGGCGCGAAAUUCAAAAAUUCAAAUUUCCCGCUCAAUUUUUCAAGGCGCGAAAUUCAAAAAUUCAAAAUUCCCGCUCAAUUUUUGGCCCCGCGAAAUUCAAAAAUUCAAAUUUCCCGCCUAAUUUUCCAAGGCGCGAAGUUCAAAAUUUCAAAUUUUCCGCUUGAUUUUUAGACCCGCGAAAUUCAAAAAUUCAAAUUUCCCGCUCAAUUUUUAGACCCGCGAAAUUCAAAAUUUCAAAUUUCCCGCUCAAUUUUCACAGGCGCGAAAUUCAAAAAAUUCAAAUUUCCCUCGCAAUUUUUGGACCCGCGAAAUUCAAAAAUUCAAAUAUCCCGCUCAAUUUUCGAAGGCGCGAAAUUCAAAAAUUCAAAUUUCCCACCUGAUUUUUGGCCCCGCGAAAUUCAAAAAUUCAAAUUUCCCGCUCAAUUUUCCAAGGCGCGAAAUUCAAAAAAUUCAAAUUUCCCGCCUAAUUUUUGGACCCGCGAAAUUCAAAACUUCAAAUUUCCCGCCUAAUUUUCCAAGGCGCGAAAUUCAAAAAUUCAAAUUUCCCGCCUAAUUUUCGAAGGCGCGAAAUUCAAAAAUUCAAAUUUCCCGCCUGAUUUUUUGACCCGCGAAAUUCAAAAAUUCAAAUUUCCCGCCUGAUUUUUUGACCCGCGAAAUUCAAAAAUUCAAAUUUCCCGCUCAAUUUUCCAAGGCGCGAAAUUAAAAAAUUCAAAUUUUCCACCUGAUUUUUGGACCCGCGAAAUUCAAAAAUUCAAAAAUUUUCAGCCUUCUUCCAAUCGAAGUCCAAAUUUUGCUCGCCGACUUUUUCGGCUCCAACGAAACAAUGAACGAAUUUAAAGGGAGGCAAAAGAAAGUACUGUAGGAGCAGACUAGACUCUAGUUUUGCUUUAAAAUGGCAUAAUAUCAAUUCUUGUAGACUACACUCUAGUCUUGUAAAAUUUCUGAAAUUCUUGUAUUUAUUCUCACUAACAAACUACAAUGUAGUCUAAUUGAAAUUCUCAAUCUGAAACUAGACUCUAGUUUGAUUUGAACCAGACUACACUCUAGUCUGAUCAGAUCACUUUUCCCCAUUUUUUGCUGCUGAUAAGAUAAUAAAUUGAUUUUUCAACAUUUUCGCCCAAAAUUUUCGAGCUAACCCCGAAAAAAUGCCAUUUUUUCUCGUCGAGACCAUUUCUACAGUACUCCAGAUACUGUAUUUUUACGCCGAGGUACUGUACAAAUACGUGGUGCCCGCAUGUUUGAGAAACAAGAAAUCGUUGAAAGGUGAGUGGAUUUUUUUGACUCAGAAGGUCAGGGGAUCGAUUCCUGGUGCCCGCGGGAUUUUUUUUUUGAAAAUUUGGAUUUUUGGGGUCAAAAUUGUCCAAAAAUCAUGAUUUUUGGAAAAUUUCGAAGCAGAAGGUCAGGGGAUCGAUUCCUGGUGCCCGCAGGAUUUUUUUUUUGAAAAUUUGAAUUUUCCGCCUCAAAAUUGUCCAAAAAUCAUGUUUUUUGGCUCAAAAUGCUCCAAAUUCAUCGAAUUUUGGCUCAAAAUGCUCCAAAUUAAUUUUUGCAGGCAAAAAAGUGCUGAUAACCGGCUCGGGAAGUGGAAUCGGUCGACAAAUGGCUCUGGAAUUCGCCAAACACCACACCCACCUCAUUUUAUGGGACAAAAACCAGGAGGACAAUGAAAAAACGCGAAAUUUAGUGGAAAAUUUGGGAUUUGACGUGAAAAUUCACGUUUUCCGCGUGGAUUUGAUGAGUUUUGAGGAAAUUGAUCGAAUUUCUGAGGAAACGAAGCGGGAAGCGGGAAAAAUCGAUAUUUUGGUGAAUAAUGCUGGUGUGGCGUCGGCAAAAGGCAUUUUUGAAUUGGAGGAAACCGCGUUGAAUUUGAGCCUGGGUGUUAAUGUUAAAUCGCAUUUUUAG